UCUUAACCGGAAACAAACGUCAACAUUGAAGCUAACGCCAUUCGAAUUUAUACCAAAGAGUCAUAAACAUUUACUCUAUUUCCGCUACUUGGAUGACUUCAUCAAAACAAUAUUUAUAAUCUAAGAUUGACUUUAAUUUAUGGUUCGCUUCCAGCAUGGCGAAAAAUAGAAAAUGAGAGCUUUAGUCUCAAAUAUUUUUCUUCAUAGGUAAUAAAUAUUGCGGACCAAUAUUGCAUAUCAUAUGACCUGAUAUAAUAUCGGUAGUUAAAGAAGUUCGUGUGAAACUUGAGUAUUUAAAAAAAAAAAAUUCUAUUCAAAGUUAAGCUUCUGGUGAAUUAUUUUCUGUUCAUCUAGGCCGUAUUCAGAAUUAGUUUUCAGUUAAAUUUAUUUUGGUUGAGUCAUAUGCAUGUCCCCAACUCCUGAGAGUAAAAAAAAACACAAUUAUAAUGUCUCCAGUUUUAUCCAUAUCAUAAAAAUGGAGUCUAUUUUGCAACCGAAGGGUCCAACUCCAUAGUAUUGGUUUUAAAAAAAAAUAAUCUUAUUUUUGUUUAACUGAUAUACGUUUAUCAGCAGCGAACAAUAUCGGAAAGCUCAACAUAGCAUGCUGACCCGAUCUGCGUAGAUUUUCCGAGCCCAAGCUAGCGGACCAGAACAGCGGCAAAGAAACUGAGUCACAGUUAGAAAGAAAGCACCACAGACCCACACAGAACUAUGUUGGUGAGCAGGUACCCCAUACCUACUGUAUCAUUCAUUGAGCAUUGAUUGCUACAUGUCAAUUAAAAAAAAAAAAUAUUUGAUAAAUAUUAUAUUUAUUGUUUCCCUGUACGAGUAAGAACAUCGACAUUUCACCUCUGAACACAUUCUCUACUUGAUGUCUCAGGACAUUGGUGUAGGGUACAUCAGAAUAAUUGACAUUUGUAGAAAUAGAUAUCUACAUCUCGAUUGAGCUAUCGUUCUUACGUCUUAUAGUGUUGUGAUAAAAGUUCGGGGGGGGGGGGGAUCGGCGGAUGGUCAGCUCACCCCGGACCUGGUUGCAUUUUUUGGUGGCUAGCAUUUUCGGUUCACUUUAUACACUAAGUGUGUCUUGUGUCGACGUACACAUUCAAUAGCCGUCUGGGGCGUCACAGGCUCUAGCUUCUCAGCUGACUACACUCAGCAGGGGGUGGGGGGAAGGGGUGGUAGACAUUUAGACAACACUUUGACCAUUUGCAUACUUAAAAAGAAAUAUUAUUGCGAAUAAGAUUUUCACAGGAUACUAGUAGCUCAUUUUUUGUCCAUCUUUCAUUGCUUCCAAAUAUCAGAGUGUCAAAUUUCCAAAGUCAGACCCGAAAAAUUGCCACAACAAGGAAUGCGUCGGCAUUCUAACAGACGACGAGGUGGCGCUGGACAUGCUGAAAUCUAUCCGGAAGCUGCCGACUGAACGGUACCAGUCAGUGUCGGUGAUACUCGAGGACUGCCGGCCGCUGCCCAUUGACAGAUACCACCCCACGUACCAACUGGGCACCUUCGCCAUCACCAAACAUUUACAGCCCUUGUGCUCCAACACCGGGAGGAGACCAUCGGAGUCGCGGGGCUAUCCCCAAGGACCACACAUCAGGGUGCCGCCGGUCCCACACGACGACGACCAGGCGAACCCGGAAGGUACGUUGGGACAUCAUCGGGUUUAUGUAACGUCAGCCGUUUUAUGUGACAUCAUCAAGUAUGUGUAGCACCAUCAGGCAUAUGUAACACCAUCAAGUAUAUAUGAUACCAUCAGGUAUAUGUGAUAACAUCAGGUAUAUGUGAUACAAUCGGGUACAUGUAACACCAUCAGGUUUGUAUAUGUAACACCAUCAGGUAUAGUAACACCAUUAGGCACAUGUAACACCAUUAGGCAAAUGUAACACCAUUAGGUAUAUGUAACACCAUUAGGUAUAAGUAACACCAUCAGGUAUAUGUAACACCAUCAUGUAUAUAUUUUCUGACUCGUGACUGUUUGUUCAGGACUGUUUGUUCACAACUGUUUGUUCAGAACUGCUUGUUCAGGACUGUUUGUUCAGAACUGUUUGUUCAGGACUGGCUGUUCAGAACUGUUUGUUCAGAACUGUUUGUUCAGAACUGUUUAUUCAGAACUGUUUGUUCAGGACUGUUUGUUCAGGACUGUUUGUUCAGGACUGUGUGGUAAAUCGUUGAAGUUAUCCCCCACAUCUUGACUGCACAUUUAACUUGGCAUCACGCCAGAUGGACCAGCAGGUCGAAACCUGUCCUAGUGGCCAAACUGUGGACCAGCAGGUCGAAACCUGUCCUAGUGGCCAAACUGUGGACCAGCAGGUCGAAACCUGUCCUAGUGGCCAAACUGUGUACCAGCGGGCCCUAAGAGUCCGUCCUGCACGCCCGUUAUGUUUCUCUUCACUUACGAUCAGUUUCAUGCGGCUUUCUUACGGCCCGCCAUUCACGGUGUCCGUUAAUUCUCUCAAGAUUUUAGUUUGACACACGACAUUUAUUGCCACUUUGAAGCAUGAAAGGUAGACUACCAAUGUGGUGUGUGGUGUGUGGUUUGCCAUCCUCUUUAGUGAAGAAGUGGCGGGAAUUAACGGUACUAGUAUUAAUCCCCUUCACCAAGAGUUGGGUUGCCUUUUUCUUGCUUUUUUUUGUCCACCCCGUCCGCACAUCAAAGUGAUUUACUGCAGCUUUAAUAACUGCCCAACACCUGCGCUUGGCAUGAUGCCUGACCUGUCAUUAUGCCCGUCUUGUCAUAAUGCCAUCGGGUUUCGUCUUUAUGCCCGCGGGUCCUGUUAUAAAGCCCAUUGGGCCCUGCCCUUAUGUCCGUCCUGCCCUGUACGGCCUGUCAUUUUACCCGUCUUGUCAUUCGCCUAACUACCUGCCUUUAUCCCUAGACCUUGGAUAACUUUUUACCUAAACUAGCUUAGCCUGCUGGUGCAUGCGCCUUACUCACGUACUUCCCAGAUCCCUUUGGAACAAUUAACCAUUAACUUGUGACAUCCAUUGCAGUAUCAUGGUAAUAAGUACAUCCUGAUGUGUGUUAUAUAUGGGUUUCGCUCUUUUUAUUAAUGCAUUUACUUACAUAAUAUACAUAUAUAACUUCAUAUCGUGUGGUAAAGAAUAUUUUUAAAACUUAGGGAAACCAUUUUUAAAAAAAAUAUUCUGCAGAUCAGCCAGUCGGACAGCCACAUAAGGGAGUUAUCUAUCCACAAUCGUAUGCCAACAAGCCCCCAUAUUCCUGCCCCGGGUAUGAAGAGCAAGGCAUCAAACAACCAACAGGCGUUAUCAAACUUCCCAAAGUUCCUGCAGGACGGAGGAAAGGCAUCGUCAAUGGCAUUGAGAUGAUGGUGCCCGCCUGGGUCUCACCUCUAUACAAGCCCUACGGUAUCGGCGGCCCGUAUGGGCCGAAUGGGCCUUUUUAUAGCGUACCGAGUGAACUGAUUCCGAAAACGCCGGACUGGAAGACAAAACUCUGGCCCGUCUUCCAGAAAAGUACAAAGCCCGUGGCUCCAGGUACACCCGUGGGUUUGACCGCUGGUGAGAAUAAACCCGUGGCUCCAGGUUUAAUGUCAAGGUGGAAAUCUUUUUUUAAUUUGUUUUCGAGGAAAAAGACCGGUCCUGACAGUGAGCCACAAACAACACCAGCAACUGAAGAGGGCGCGGACGGAGAGGAACUGGAUGAAUCUGGGCAACCCACGGAAAUCUCGACAGCUGAGCAGGACCCAUCAACAGAUCAGCCCAUGACGGAAACUCAGAGGCAGUCCACGGAGGAAACUCAGAGGCAGUCCACGGAGGAAACUCAGUGGCAGUCCACGGAGGCUCCAGAGAUGGCACCACCACAAGAGGGACCCGUGAAUUCAGUGAAUGGUGCAAUGGACCAGGCAAUGGCGCAAUCGAUGGAUGAUCCGAUGUACAGCGGGUCUCAGCGUGCUGUCAGCUUCGAUGAUAACUUUACUUUCUGAUGGCGCUCAUCGAUUGUUGGGCUAGAAACGACUCAUUUGAAAAUUUUGACCCGUGUCCACAAGGGGUUAGACAACAUUUGGAAGUUUUUAGUUUGUUUGGUGAUAAUAUUAAACAUAGAACUCUGUGUAUCAGAAACGAAGUGAUUGUUUCGAACUAUGGCUGUUUUUUUUAUAGUGUGCAGAGCACAAAUUUACAAUAUGGUUAUUUUAUAAAAUAUAUUAUACACUAUAUAAGAUCAGUCCAUUUAACGGACCCUUGUAACGCAAC